GAACGCGUGCAUGAUGAGUUCAGUAAGCAGAGAGCGGACAGUGUCCACCGCUGAAGGUUUCUUGUGCGGAGGAAUAGCGGCAUGCACUGCGGUCACUGUAUCCAAUCCUGCUGAAGUUGCUAAAACUCGUAUGCAGUUGCAGGGAGAAUUGACCAAAGGUGGUGGUCAAAAAGUGUAUAAGAAUGCUCUCGAUGUGCUUGCGAAAACGUGGAGGAACGAGGGAAUUCGUGGCUUGCAAAGAGGUCUUGGCCCAGCUUAUACUUACCAGAUUCUUCUCAAUGGAUCACGUUUAGGUUUUUAUGAGCCGUUCAGGCGAACAUUGAACCGCUUCAUAGGAAAAUCUCCAACUGACCAACUGCCACUAACAUCUAUAACCGCCGGAGCCGUUAGUGGUGCAGUUGGAGCUUCCCUUGGAAACCCACUUUUCCUUAUCAAAGCCAGAAUGCAGGCAUAUUCUCCGGCUCUCCCUGUAGGAACGCAGCACUAUUACAAGAGCUCCUUUGAUGCCCUGUCGACUAUCUGGAAGGCUGAGAAAUUCCGUGGACUAAUUCGUGGUAUAGAUGCUGCUGUCCUUCGAACGACAAUGGGAUCAUCGGUCCAACUACCAACCUAUCAUUGGACAAAGAAUCAGAUUGUCUCGAAUGGUCUUCUUCCUGCAAAUAGUAUAUGGACGUUUCUAGCCAGUAGUUCUGUCUCAGGCAUUUGCGUGUGUAUAGUCAUGCAACCAGCUGAUACAACAUUAACCCGGAUGUAUAAUCAACCCACUAAGCGCCUACCUAAUGGUAACUUAGUAGGAGCAUUGUACAAGAAUCCUAUCGAUUGCUUGUUGAAAACUGCCAAAGCGGAGGGUGUCCUUGGCUGGUACAAGGGAUCCACUGCUCAUUUCCUGCGCAUCGCUCCACAUACGAUUAUCACGCUAACUGCCAAUGAUAUUAUCACCAAUCUCUACAAGGAUCUGAAGUAUGGUCGUGCGGACUCUGAUGCUUAGACGAUAGGAUGGAGCUCAUUUUUAUUUGUAGUGAUAGACUAUUCUACCUUGGGCAACAUUUCAGUUCUCGACAUAACUCCUAUAUAGUACAUAACGAUCACACUCGGAUCCUGUUAUCAACAAUAAUUAAACUAUCCAUGCACCCUCUUUCCUGUCCUAUCCUCAUCAACACUUCGCCUCCGUUUAUUCAUGUUCCUCCAACCCCCAGCAGACGAUGGCAUCGAGAAAUAUUUUUCUAUUGGUGGUCUCAGCGAUUGCUGGUGUUUCUGUAAAUCGAAUGGUGGUACAGUAGUAGAGCUGGAAGGCGGAACAGCACGACUUGUGGUUGGGCUCGGAGGAUUGGAGUGGACGAGAGAUUCGAUAGUCAUAGUUGAAGUACCCGGAGUGGCGGGUUCCUUUUGGGAUGAUUUUUUCUUAUAGGUUUCUAACUCAGGCUUUCCCCGCCAUUUUGCAAUAGCUUCGCAAAAGCGCAAUGCUGCCCGCUCAACAGGCUCAGCUGGGUAGUGCCAUGCUAAGUCUUCCAUGUGUGUUGAAAGAUCGGGAGUUAGUGAGGGUAUCGCGUAGAACCUCCUCAAUCGCUCCUCCAUUUCAGUUUCAAACUCUGCCUCCGCGCCCUCUCUUCGCAGGGGAACCCCAGUUCUCCUAGCCUGUAGCGCAGGGAACAUUAUUCUUGUCGAUUCUUUCAAGUUUGGUAAAUCAUCGGGAUCGAACCAAUCCAACAUAUCGUCUUCGUCGUCCCAUUCCCUUUCGAAGUGGUCAUCGCUUGCCCCUAUCCCUAACCCGACUGCCAGUAGACAUUCCACAGCAUCUAGUCCGCGCCAGCCUCCGGUCAGGUAGCCUUCAAGUGCAGCGCGAGUUAAAAGACCACCGAGAAGCAUAUACCACUCCCUAGAAGGCCUCAACGCAGUUGAGUAGAUAUCACGCCGCGACGGUACUGAAGCCGGCGAUGAUGGUGUAAGUAUAUGGUCCUCAUUAAUCGACAUGCCACUACCUCCUGCACCAUUACCCCGCCGCUCAUCGUCACUCUCUCCUCCUGCGCGUUCUGAGCCGCCAUAUUCUUCUUCUCCUACCUCUCGUCCCAGUUCUAGAGCAACUAAAGCGGAAAGGCGUAUGAAUCGCGGUAUGAGUUCUGAUAAUCGCGUGUUGCCUGCACCGGUGCCCGUUGCAAGUUCGGCUUCAGCCUCUCUGGAAUUUAGCGAAGUCUUUGAUUUACGGCGUAGGACGCUCCCGCGUACGCCAGGCCUAGCCAAACCAGAACCUAUCCCGCUUCCGUCUUGCCAGCCUGUGAUUCCACCACCACUCCCGCCCAUACCCGUCAUACUGCUUCCCCCACCC